AUGUCGGCUUCCUUUACGCCACCUUCCGGGCCUCCCCCGCCCUCCGUUCCGGAGGGGUGGAAGGCGCAGUACGACGAACGAUAUCAGUCAUGGUUUUACGUGAAUCUUAUUACUGGAAAAUCCCAGUGGGAACGUCCUGAGACACCAGCACCGUCUGUUGACGGACCCUCAAGCGAACCACCACCGCCACCAUCAUACGAUAAUACGGGCUCCGCUGACCCAGCUGUGCUCGCCAACGCUGGUGAUCAGAAGCGACCACUGGCCUCAAACAACCCAUACAAUCCUACUACUUCCUCACGCGGCACUGCCAGCCCUACUAUCGAUGAUGAUGCCCGUCUCGCCGCUAAGCUCCAGGCUGAGGAGGAUGCACGGGCUAGCAGCAGCAGUAGAGGUCCCGGGACACCGGGAGCUGCCGCCGAUUUUUACAACGGGCAGCCUGCACCUCAAUCCACCGGUUCCUAUGCCUCUGGGCCAAUCCCGGAGAGUUCGGCACCAGAGCAGAAAUCUCGUAGCCGGGGCUUUCUGAGUAAAUUGAUGGGUAAGAGCUCUAGCAGCUCUCGCCCGCCACCUCAACCGCGGCCUCAAUAUGCCUCGUAUCCGCAACAGGCUCCACCGAAUGCCGGAUACUACGCGCAAUACCCCCCACAGCAGGCGCCAGGGUAUGGGUACCCAGCGGCUGGAUAUGGACGAUACCCAUCCCAAGGCGGGUAUUACCAACAGCCUCAACAGAAACAUGGUAUGGGAACUGCCGGUGCAGCUGCGCUAGGUGUGGGUGGAGGACUGCUCGGUGGACUUUUGAUUGCCGAUGUCGUGGAAAAUAUGGAAGAUCAUCAUGAUUAUGAUAAUGGUGGAGGCUAUGGUGGUGGUGGAGACUAUGGUGGGGGUGGCUUUGGCGGUGGAGACUUUGGAGGAGGUGGUGACUUUGGCGGUGAUGGUGGUGGUGAUUUCGGGGGAGGGGACUUUUAA